CCCUUGGGAUAUCCUCCUUCACAAAGUCAUUUUUUUCGCUUUACAACCAAGACCAACAAAUUUUAAUAAAAUCGAGUUUCUUGUCACAAUUAAGGUCGUUUGAUAUUUUCGCUCCUCUCAUAUUCAGCAUUAGUAUUUUAACUAUUUUUCUCUCGCCAGCUUGAGUAGUACUUUUUUCAUUCGCUUUACAACAAACAUUUUCACAAAAUUAAUUUCUUUUCAUCUUUCACUACAACUUUUUUCAUUUUUUUUGUAUUACAACUUGCCAUCCCAGCACUUCGUUCUUUAUUUUUCCCCUUUUUCUGAAUUUCUCAAACGAAGAACUAAAACCAAACGACCCCAAUUUUUCCAACUUUAAAACAGCGAAAACGAAUUCAGUUUCAUAAAAAAGGUUCACUCGUACUUCUAAAACAACAAACAUCAUGUCACGUGGUGAGAAGCAGCGAGGCCGAUCUAAACGGGCACGUCCGCGAAGACGGCUUGCCCAGGAGCAAAACACGGACAGGCUAUCCUACACAAAAAAUACACCCACAUCAGAAAACUGAUGGAUUUCUACACGCGUUUGCAUAAAGAAAGAUGUAAGUGCUAGCAUUUCUUUCAUGAGAAUAAAUGUAGACUUUGCUUUCCAUGCGGAAUCGGGAUAAAUAAGCUGGCAAAAAAUUGUCUUACAUACUGAAUAGCUGCACGGCAAUAGAUGAUAUUCCCCAAAGCUGAAUUUUCUGGUCUGGGUGUGCUUUUCUUCGCGACAAGGUUGACAUUUUUCCGCUUCAGCACUUCUUGAGCCAUUUUUGCAGGACGUGCAACUAUCCAAGUAUGCCGCACUUCGCUUGCUCGGAAGUAGAUGCAACAAUUGUACUAAAAAUCGUCAUUUUCACGACUUCCUUUUGAAAUGAAUUUUUCAUCGCAUACGUUUUACACAAUACAGGCGCGCCGCCGCGGCCGGCCGUGCAGAGGAGGCGCCAAAGCGGGCGGCAUCGACGAGCUGCGCCCGCAUGUCGUCGUGUCCCGCGGCCGGUUCGGUGGCGAAGAGAACUUGCUCGACACUGGUCGUGCUCCAGGCCUCCCCCGCGGGCGGCCCCUUGCCCGUGGAUGGAGAGAAAAAGAAGAAGGGCAAAAAGAAGAGCGCCGCAAGAAAGAAGUCCACCCCCCGGGGCUCGGCGGCGCGGCUCGGCAGGCAAGGUAUGAAAAUUCACAACUUGUCUCUCAUCUCCGUGUCAUUUGUACUCGUGUACGACCUUCCGAAAAUUACUUACGCAGGGGCUAGCAUGUACAACGCAGUGUCUGCGUCACAAAUUUGAAGGGGGAUAGUUGUAGUACGGUUUGGACUUCCGCUCACGGUUUUGUCAUCCAAAAAGUGCCAAAUAGCAAAAGGGCACUUGGUAUCUAUUUCUAUGUCAGAUGAGGGGGGGGGGAGUUGUGCAUUGGCAUACGGGAGCGGGAUGACAUUUUGAACGGUUUCGACCUGGAGCCAGACGAGGAGGAAGUCCGCGCUCAGCACUUUCACGCCCGGGCCGUUUAUGCAUUGCAAUAUGUUUGGGUCUGGAUUUGUGAUGCGAGAUUUGUGUGACAGCAAGAUGUGUGAUGCGUGAAAGUGACUGGGUAAGAUUUUUUGUCAUGCUGAAUGUAUGUUUGCGAUGAUCUGGUAACCAAAGCGUGUGCAGCGCAUUGAGCCACGAAAAACAGCUCAUCGCACUUUUAUGCCGAAGAAGCGGCCGCCCUGCAAUUUUCAUGUGGGUAUCUUCAGCAACACAAACUUGUUCCACGCCCAGACAUAGUUGGAUUCAAUAACAUGCGACCCCGAGCAAAACGCUCGAGCGAGGCUGUUUUGCCUGGGGACGAAGGGGGUCGGCGCUCGAGCCUACGAGAGGCAGAAGCGGGAGCGGAGUUUCUGGAAAAAAAACAUGUGGUGACUGAAAAACCGAUUGAAUUGGUGCCCAAAAAGAAGGAGGUCCGCAUACAGGACUUCCACGCCCCCGGCACGCCACCCGAAACGAACCUCCCUUCCGAGGGUGCGGAAAAAUCGACCCAGCCGGAGAAGGCCGCGGAAGCGAAAUCAGCGGAGGCUGGCCCGGCUGCUUUGUUCGGGGACGAAGCGGGUCGCAGUUCGAGCCUGGGAGAGGCAGAGCCGGCGGGAGCGGAGUUCCUGGAAAAAAAACCUGCGUCGACCGGUUUGUCGACCGAAAAACCGGUCGAGUUGGUGCCGGCCAAGGAGGAUGUUCGGGUGCAGGACUUCCACGCCCCCGGCACGCCACUCGAAACGAACCUCCCUUCCGAGGGUGCGGAAAAAUCGACCCAGCCGGAGAAGGCCGCGGAAGCGAAAUCAGCGGAGGCUGGCCCGGCUGCUUUGCCCGGGGACGAAGCGGGUCGCAGCUCGGGCCAGGGGGAGGCUGAGCCGGUGGGAGCGGAGUUCCUGGAAAAAAAACCUGCGUCGAGGUCGACCGAAAAACCGACUGAAUUGGUUGCCGAAAAGGAAGAGGUCCCCCGCACCCAGGACUUGCACGCCCCCGGCAUGCGACCCGGAACAAACCCCGCGGGCGAGGGUGCGGAGAAAUCGACAAUGCCUCGGGAGGCCGGAGAAACGGAGACAGCGGAGGCUGGCCCGGCUGCUUUGUCUGGACACGAGGGGGCUCACAGUAUGCGAGGGAGAGUUGCUAGCAUAGCAUGUUCACGAUCACAUCCGCUGUGAAGCGGCAGCGCAAUUUAAUCUUUCGGUUUUUCUUUUUGGCACACUCAUAAUUAUCUGCAAUUCCGCUUUGCAACUUCACGCUCACCGCUGUUUGUUUUUUUGCAUGGACUUCUGUUUUUCGUUUUGGCGCAAAUGUGGCGAAAACGUGCGGAGAGUAGCUGCGUGGAUGCUAUGCUAAUAAUUUUCGGUGUGACUCCGUGCUCAAGCUUGGGAGAGGCAGAGCAGCUACCCCAUUACAAACCGCCCUUGGCUUGGUCACGAUUGUCAUCUACUUUGGAUAUCUCUCGGGCGAUCAUUCUCGGACUGAGCGUGAGGUUAUUUGUUAUUACAUCACGGCGUACUAGCCGACUCUGUUUUGGCUGCAACGUGAAUCUUCACUCAUGAUUUCGAUCCAAACGAGCACAAAAAGCAAAGACAUAUCGAAUUAGUGACGAGUCAAAGGCGGCUUUGAUUGCGAUACAGCAUUGGAACGGAAUUUUUGUUAUCUCCCGAAGCUGCAGCAAAGGCGUCCCCUUUUCAGAAAAAGUGAAAUUUUGCACUGCGUGGCUCUUGAAGAUGUUAAUUGAGGUAUAUUAAACAAAGAGUGGCUCGCUAGCCGAACGCCGUCGUAUUGCGAUUGUGAUAGUAAAAGUAUUUCUCUUUCUGGAGUGGGGACUUCUACUUUUUCUACUGUGAUGCGUGCAAUCUUAUCAAUUGCCUGCGCGGUUGCAGCACGAUAUCAGCGCGCAAACACUUCUACCCAGACCGGAAAUCGCAUUUGUGCGACGGUACUGUACAACUCGCGGAAGAAGUGGAUGUUGAAGAAUAAGCAUUUACAUUUACUUAGAUACGUGUCAUUGUAUGUAGUGAGGUCACCGAACGGUUCUAACCAGGGAGUUUUUUUGACACCCAGCCAGCAAAACGACCGUCAGUUUUCAAGCGGGCGGGAGUGUUUUUUGACGAAAAAGAUUUUCAGUUAUCAAGCGGCCGGGGCUUUGCCGUCAAACAAGCCCGGUCGAAAACUAUCGAUUCGCACUUGAUAAAACGACGCCGGGGAGCCGGCAAAAGGGGCGCCCUUCUGAGGCGCCCGCCGCCUUGAUUUCUGGCGAUUUGGGGCGCCCAAAAAGGGGCGCGCAGAAAACGCGCCCAAAAUCAGAACAGCGAAACAGCAUGGCACGGCCGCGAUUUGGGAGUAUUUUGGGCGGCCGCGAAAGCGGCCGCCUUUUCGCCGGUUUGGGAGCCUGGGAAGCUUUGCAAAAAGCGCCGGCGUGAAAAAUAAAAACGCGAAAAAUAAAAAGCGCGCCAGACGCGCAAAGCCAAUCCGCAUGCUAUGGGGCCGGUUUUUCUUCGCUUUGUGGGCGCCCCCCGUGGCACCCAGAUCGGCCCCAUAGCAUCGGGGCUGGCUUUCGAAAAGGAAUUUUGGAAAUGUGCCAAAAUUUGCGACGUUUCCCAAGUGGCCGCCCUACCGUGCGGCAUAACGUUACUCACGGUGGUAUGCCGAGCCCAUAAAAAGCAAAGCCGCGGCCAAGGCGGCGGUCGGCAAAAAAACACCCACGACCUCACUACCCCCGCCCCGGCGGCUAUAUUUGGUAUUUUGUUUUUGAGGGAAUUGCCCGAGCGGGGGUAGCUAUGUAUAGCGGGACAGGAGUGCACGCACUUGUAUUUACCGCGUUUGUUCGUCAUGCACUUCGCUUCCACUUGAGGACCCCAACGCACACUGGCAGGAAACAAACCGGGAUUUGAGUAAAUUGCAUGUCAUCGGGGACGAGAUCAUAAGUCUGCCGUCCUCACUCUCGUUGCUUGUAGCAAUGGUCCCCAUAAUGUCCUCUUAUUCUACGAUGUCGCUUUGACACUCUUGAGCGUUUUUUGUCCGCGACCCCCAGAGACGUGGGGAGACAAACCCACUGCAGCAUGCAUGUGCUGUGUUUGUCUUCUGGUCUGCUUUUUUCGUUGAUAAAUAUCAUUUUUCUUUUGUUGCGCUGCUGCGCAAGUAAAAGUAUGGCGAAGACCCGUAAAAAAAAGUUCCAUGUGGCCAUCCGCUUCGUUUGCGAAGGCACAGUGUACCGUAUGCGUGCUUGUAUGGGUAGAAUUUUUGAAUUUCGAUUCUAGGUCAGAUACUCGGGCCGCUUUCAGUUGAGGAAGUUCAAGCAUUGCGGGCUAAUGGACAGGUGCAGGUGGCGUCUCCGCAUGAUGAUAUCACAGCGCAAGCACUUCUACCCAGACGACCAGAAACCGCAUCAGUGCAACGGCACUGUACAACUCGCGGAAGUGGAUGAAGAUUAAACAUGGAAGUGGACACGAUGAAUCCACCCCUUGCAUUGACCGCGUUGUUUCGUUAUGCACUUGAGGGCGCCAAGGCCAACGCACGCUAAUAGGACACUGAUCGGGAUUUGAGUAAUUUGGAUGUCAUUGAGGACAAGAUCAUGAGUCUGCGCGUUUUAAGUACUGUGGCUCUCGCCAUAUUAGCCCUCGUGUGCGCAUAGACUUACUCUACGACAUAGCUUUGACCCGUUUGAGCAUCCGCUGACCGCGACUUCUAGAUAAGUAGUCAGAGAAACUACAGUACACUGUGUGUACCUUAUGGUCUGCUUGUUUCGUCUUGCUGCGCAAGGGCAAGUAUGACGUCUUGCCAAGUAUGACAAGUGCUCUGUUGUAUCAUCUGUGUCGCCUGCUAAGGUGCAGCGUGCCGUCUGCGUCCUUGCAUGGGUAGAGUUGUUGACUUUUGAUUGCAGCCGUGGUCAGGACCAAGUCUCUGCCGAAUCUACCAGGAGGAUUGCCCCAACAACAAAAUCAUUUUGCUGGUUAUGGACAUAUCACCGCGAAGACACCUCUACCUAGGCCAGAAAUCGCAUGAGUGCGCCUAAUCUACACAACCAGCGAAAAGUCAAAAUGUUGAUGAAGAUAUAACAUUAAGCAUUUAUUGUGUCCGUAUUGAGACAGUACUCACUGUGGAUGUGGAUUGUGGAACAACGGGAAAAAAUUGGGCGAGCAGGGAAGAUUAUGUAAGGUACGACCGGAAGAAACGUUUUUUCAUGAGUUUUCAUAGUGCGCUCCCGCUUCGUGACGUCAUGCUGCAGAUCAUGAUUAUGCUCAGUAUGAUGUCCUGGUUUCGAGUAUAUUUGUAUGUAGUGAGAUCACCGAGCUGCUCUAGCCGGGCAGUUUUUUUUUGCAAUGAAGGCCAUUUACAUGAAAAAACCCGAGCGGUCUAGCCUGUUUGACUUUGCUUUCAGGGAGGUCCAUUGCUAAGGGAGGUCCAUUGCUCACCGCCCAAAAAAAACGACGAUCGCGAGCGGGCAUCAAAAGUGGCACGACGAUCGCGAGCGGGCAUCAAAAGUGGUGCCCGCCGCCUUCGGUUCUGCAACUUUGUGGCGCCCAAAAAAUCAACGCGCGCAAAACCGAGUGACGACAGACACCCCGCGGCAUAGCCCCGAUCUCGGGGCAUCUAUUGUAGGCAGGCGCGAAAGCUGCCGCCCUUUCGCCGGAUGCGAAUUCUGAGCCGGGGAGCCGGUGCACGAAGUGCGCUCGUGAAAAAUCAAAUCGGAAAACAAGAGGAAAAGCGCGUCGUAUUCAUGAUGCAAGACCGCCUGCUUUAGCCCGCUCUUACUUUUCCCGCGUUUUGGGCGCAUCCCGCGGCGCCCGGACCCGUCUCUUAGCAUCGGGCCUAGCUUUCUACGAGGAGUUUCUAUAAGUAGCCAAAAUUUGCGGUGUUUCUUCAUGCAUUAACGUCCUGCGUGCGGCGGGCCUAGCGUUCUGCGUUGUGUCAUGGCGCGCCAGCCAAGGGCAAAAUCGCGGUCAAUGCGCGGCCAAGGUGGAGGCAAGAAAACGGCAGCGGCCCCAGGAGCUCCGCCUCCGGUGGCUAUUUUUGGUAUGCCGUGGCGGAGGUCAUGCUCGCGCGUGACGGCUGCUCUUGUUCCCUCAUUUGUCCCGAUGCCCUCUCACUUGCUUGAAGGCUGAAGCUGAAGAGGCCGCAGGCGCUGAAGAGUGCGCGAAGCAGCUUCUAUUUGCGGCGUGCUUGUUUUCUGUUGAUUUCUUCUGUAGUGUGCACUUUUUUAGUACUGGGCAAGUGGCUUUGUAGCCUCAACUGCUCCAUUACGUUCGCGUCUGUUGUGCGGGUGGUGGUGAAGAUCGAUUUGGUUGUGGUUGGGUUGCCUAUCAAUCUACAAGUGCCGCAUGCUUUCUUGUGGGGGUAGAGGUUUUUCAAGUUCGAUUCCGGUCCAUCGUGCUACGAGUGCGCCACCUCGUCUCCAAGUGACGCCUAAACGGAUUAUCCAAGCAAAAACAUUGCCAAAGCCAGACCGCCGCCCCUCUUCAACAUUUGCGCACCACAUGAACGUAUUUUGGCCUACGAAUAUGUAUAGGAUGGUUUUCGGAUUGAGUAUGCCUACCUCGCUGGCGCGGUGAUUCUUGCAGCAAAGAUAACGAAAGCUUCAGUUUCAUAUUGACGUAACAGCUCGUAGUGUUGCCUUGCGCAUCCCAACGUUGGCAGCUGUAUGCAUUGUAUGUGAAGGGCCUCCUACGCAUUUUGUUGGAUUUCUGGGAAGUCGAUCACAUGAUGAUCAAAAAUAGAACGUGGUUAAAGAGGCGCCAUUAUUUUGUGAACAAGUGCGGGCAGCCACGACGCUCUAGCCCCCUCACAUCGUUGAUUGCGUUCUGACUUCUGCUCAAACUGCGUGAGGAACUGACAACCGUUUGUGUUUGUAUUUGUGUGUGUGUGGCUGUGCGCGGUAUGGGAUCGGGUGAUUUUCCAAAGUCGAAUCGUUUGGAGCCAGUCAACAUCAUGAAGCAUGUCGUGGAUCCUCUGACUCGCAAGUGGAGCCAGGUGAUACGUCAACAAGUGAUACCAACGUUCAUCAAUCACCAGCCCAGUCCCGGAAACGUAAACCAGCGCGGUUUUCCCGGAGAAGUUGACCACAUAUCUAUAUUCGAAAAAGUAGUUCCGGCGUACUUCCCGUUAUUCAUACAUGGAGUCGGAAAAUACCUGAUCCAGACGCUUCGGAAUGUUGACAGAAGUUCGGGAGGUGAUGGAGAUUGGAAUCCGAAUCUUCACGUCAUGUAUCCAGACGCCCAGCUAGAUGUCAAACCUUUUAUCCCACCACAUGGCAGAACGAUAACGAUUAGCAAAGAGCGUGUUAUGUUCCGGUCAACAAGAAGAUAGCAAAAUCUUGAAAAUCUAAAAAGACAAGAACUGAUCUGGGAUUUCUUUGCAAUCGGCAGCCACAGCUGAUGCGGAACCAGUGAUCGCCUUUGAAUUUGAUGGGGCGGAACCCUUUCUAAACCUCGGGGCAGGUAUAGUUAAGCACAACGCCGCAGGCUAAGCUAGAAAAAGUUGAUCUUGCUGUUGCAAAGCCCUUGCUUUUUAUACUCCGCCCAAGGCAACGGCGAGGGCGAUAGGGUUUACAAAAAGGGGUCCGGCCGGGUAUGCUUACGGUUCUGAUUAUUCCGACCCUGCCGAAGGCGGUUUUUUUUCGCUUAGCCUGUGCGCUGCUGCGCGCAGUGCGAAGGCCCUACACGGAGGGACGAUCUCCAUAUCCAGGGAGCUGCCAGGAGUCUAACUACUUUUUACUGCUCCAGACCGGGUUGGUCAUUUGCAUUUAGGCCUCUGCACCAGCACCCGCCGCCGCCGCUGCCUAGCUGCCUAGGAGUACACUUCUUGUAGAGGCAGUCCAAAAUUUACGUGCAUCGGUGUGCGAAGUCGCGCCAUGAAUUCGAAAGCAAGACACGGAACUCAGGAUCCCGGCUUCGCUUGAUCCUUGCGUUUUGAUUUCUGCUCGGCUUUGGGCGUUCUUGGAAAGAUAUAAAGGUCCAGCGGGCGCAUGCUAAACGAAAACAGAAGGGAGAACGAUGUUGCGAAGACGGCAAGAGCAGGAGACGCCAAAGCAAUCCUUCUAUCCCGCUUUUAUGACUUCUAUAUCCCUUUUGUAAAGUAAUUUCUAUAAAAAAAUAAAGAUAUUAUCGCGCGCGCGCGCCAGCAUGGUUCAUUUUGUUAGAACUACAGGCCAGCUUGUUGUUAUCUCCGAACCGCAGUAGAGCGGGGUAAGAGGGUGUUUUGCUUACUUCGGCAUCAUCAAACUAGUCGCGAGCCAACGGACGGCCACCAGUGAAAAUGGGCGAGGAGCGGCCCGUGAGAGGCGCUUGCGGGCGCAUGCAUUUUGGGAGGAGUUCAAUUGAUACUUGCUCGUCGGGAAUCUCAAAGAGAAGCAUGGCAAUGUCGUGCUCACCAAUAGAAAAGGGUCGGCGCGCGCUUCUUUCCAAGAUUCCUAAAGCCAUGCCGACGCCGCAAGUUAAGCUAAAUACCCUGAGCACCUCGGCCUAGCAGGGUAGAGAUGCAGGGCCCGCGGCCCGUUUGCGCUCUUCGAACUCGUCGCGGCACCGAAGAGUUGCCCAGCUUCCCUUCGCAGUGAUAUUUGCAUGAGUGCAGUUUUGUUUCUUCGCUGUGUUUGUUCUAUUCUCGGUCUUGUUGUCUUCGUUGGCCGGAAUACAAGUGGACGGAACUACGCAAAUAAAGGAGACUUUUACGACGCAUCUCCAUCUCCUCGAGGGCGAGGGAAACCGCAACAAAGUCGCCAACAGCGUAGCUGCGAUCGACCGGGCCCCGCCCUUCGAUGUGCCGAGUCAGAAUCUUCUGAUCGGUACGUGGUACAGCAACUGGCGGUUUAUUGGGGGGGUUUGGUACUACUCCGCUAAGGUGGAUGCAGCGAACGUCUCCGACCCACCGCUUUACCCAUGUGCUUUUGAUAUGGCUAAACGGGCCUCGUACAGUAUCCAGAAAAAAAUGACGUGGGCGUAGGCGGUAUGGAAAGCAGCUCGGGUGCCGAUAGCGAGGCUUUCAGAAUACUUUAGAUCUGCCACGAUUUCUGGGCGUUUUUUGCCUUGCAAUUUGCAGCGCUUUUGAUCCAAUACCCCGGCACUGUUCGGCCUCACGCAUUUACAGUGUCAGGGCUCUCCGAACUGCUCCAGCGCAUCGCGCUUGGCCGGCGCCUUCCUCGAUUUUGCAAGAUGUAGAGGGCCUGUAAUGGUGCCGCGGGCUUGCGUUUGAUUUGAAAGUUUUCUUUUUGGUUUUGCUUUUGCCCGUCGAAAAGAUUAGCUCCUUGACCUUCCGGAACGCCCGCGCCCACAGAAAUUUUUUACUCAAUACGGAGGCGGGCUGAGGACGUAUUUCAGGCGGCUCGAAGCACCACAAAGCAAAUUGCUCAAACGUUUGCCAGCAGCAGCACGCCGAGGGAACCGAACCGGGGCAAAAGAGAAGUCCCGCCGAUGGGGGUAAAGCCGCCAGAGCUGGCAGGAGAACCCGAUCCCUUGUUGCUGGACCUCAUGAAGGCUUAUCGGAAUUCCUUCACUGAUCAAGAACAGUCUGAAAAGAUCCUAGAAGAACAAAAGUAUUAUCCCGUCUUUCCAAUGUUGUCGCGCCAUUCGUCUGACAACCUCAAGGACUUGAAAGGAAGGAUGCCCGCGAUCAGUCCGGCAAGGCUUGUUGAAUCCCUCCAGACGGUUGCCAACGCAAGGAACGGCCCUGCCGGUGAGCUGAAGCUCGAGGCAAUGUGGGUAGACGGGCCAAGCUUUCAAAGCAAAGUGCAUCCAAUCCUUACACAGGUGGUCCGGGAUAUAUUUUCGGACGCUUUGCUCUUCCUUGCUUGUAGCAUCGACGGGGUUGAGGAGGCAGAAUGUUCGAGGAAAACAAGGAUGGUGUACGAUCUCAGUCAGAAAUAUGCCGAUAACCGCAAGCGCUUUCAAAACAUCAUCCACAGCCGUGUGCAGUCAGGGACAAGGGACGAAACCAUUGUACGCCUUAUUGAGAUGGAGUUGCAAAUCACGAAGAGGUUGGCUCACCACCACGCUGUCGAGUGGCAAUCAAUCAACCAACCCCAGCCGGAUGCUCUUUAUCCGCUGCAGACAUGCUCGGUGGAUCUGGAUUCUCCUGCGAGGCGCGCUGCGGGUGUGUGUCUCGCAAGGCGUCUCAUGUUCUUGCUCGCAGUAGGGUAGUUAAGCUGUGGCCGGCGAACCAACUAUCGCUAGGCGCCGUGCUCAGUGAUAGUCAAUUCGUGUGAGAAGUCGCUAGCCCGAGCAGUUAAAAAUAGUAUUUAGUGGGGCCACCGACACCGAGAGGCCUUAGACUGGGCUGGCAGUUUUUUUGCUAUGUCGCGCCAAAAGCGGCCAGCAGUGUCAGACCCUGUAGAGCGUUCUUUCGGAUUCGGACGAAGACAAAAAAUCAACCGCGCCGGCCUGCUUGGCUUGCCGGGAAGGAGUCGCUCGCGGUGAGGAGGCUAUCGCCCACCAACGUACAAAACGGCGAACGAUAGCGGGCCACCCAAGGCGGCCCCCUUCUGAGGCGCUGUCCGCGCCCGGUGCUUGCGAUUUGCGGCGCCCGAUAGAGCGCCCAAAAAAAGAACGCAGAAAAAGUCGGAACAGCCAAGCCGCCUGGCGCGGCUGCGGUUUUGGAGCUUUUGGGCGAUCGCGCAAGCAGACGCCUCGCCAGCUUCUGUUGCUGGGAAGCUCUUGAAAAAGCGCCGCCUCGAAAAAUGAAAACACAAAGAAGAAAAGGCGCCCCAGACUCAUGAAGCCAGCCCACAUGCCUUCGGCCCGGUUUCCUUUCGCCUUUUGGGCGCCCCCCCGCGGCGCCCGGGCCGCCCCCCUGGCGCCGGGGCUUUCUUCCGACUUGGAAUGCCGGAAGCCUGCCAAAAUGUGAGACGGCUUCCAAUUGGCCGCCAUUCCGUGUUGUGCCUCUGGUUGUAACGGCAUGGCCGACGGGGCGGCGGGCCCGUAGCAAGGCCAGGAGCAAGCAAGGCCGCGGCCAGGGCGGCGGCAGGCAAGCGGCAGCGGUGCCAUUAUCGCUGCCCCGGCGGCUAAGCUAUUUUUGGUAGCUUCAGGCCCCCGGUAAGACAGGGUGUAGUGGGACCGUUCUGCGUAUUCGAAGCCUGAAACCAGCCGGCGCGCGAGUUGCCUCUCCUUUCCGUGCACGGACGCCGGCGCGGGACAGUGGCGGCAGGCAGCUCUCAGGCUGAGGCCCCGGCGCUUGGAUUUUGGGAGCCUAUGUCCCGCGAAGGGAGGCGCCCCGCUUCCUGAAUCUGCGCCCGGCUGCGGUAGAAAGCACAGGCCACGGAGCGGGGUCGCGCUUCCUAGCCAAACUAGGAAUUGCGCCGCUUCGACGUUUCCAGCCAGUCAGAGAAAGCUUUAGGAAGGUAGCCACGCCGCGGUCGCCCGCCCGGCCGUCCCUGAUCUGGUAACGAAAGUGCGCGCACGGCGGGCGCGCUCUCAGGGGUGUGGCCCAGUUUGAGUGCUUUCCGCUGACACACCGGCGCCACUCGGCCGGAGCUAUUUAUGUGGCCGGUCGCAGUGCCGGUCAUCUCUUCUUUUUCGGCCGGCCGCCCCUUGUUUUUCUUUUCUUAGGCUGUCUUUCUUCGCGAGGAAGGAGGGGUGGCGGCAGAUUCCUGUCGGAGGAAUCGGGGGGGGGGCGAACCUUUUUCGGCGUUGCGCGAUUCAUUUGGCAACCAAGCCUCCGAAGGAGGAGCCGCACGGCCUUGGUUCGGGACCACACUGCUGGCGGCCGGCGGUGUUUGGUGGCGUAGGUACGUAGCCAGAACCAACCCGCCGGCCGGCUGUCCAGGCGCGCGGCGGGGUUCGACACGAGAUGGGAAAAAGGCCGCGAAAUGUAGAUGGGGCAGGGAAUUCACCGAAAGCGCCCGAAGCCCGAAGGCCAACUAGAAGUAGGGGACGGUUUCUUUUGCUGAAAGCCCGCUUUUUCCACCGAGAAGAAGCCGCCGUUCCUCCCGAGAGAGAAGCCAGGAGGGGCUGUUUCAUCUUGCGUAAGUCCUGGAAGGCGCAGCCCCCCCCCCCGCCGCGCGCGCCCUUUUCUGUGGGGCGAGGCGCGCGCACCGCCCGGAAUGGCGCUUUGCCCGGACGCUGCGAAUGCCGGCGCUGGGAGUGCGGCCGAUGAUUGAAUGUGUUGCGCGUCGCUGCCUGUAUAUCGCCCAGGCAGGGGGGGACACGGUGGGGGCCUGGCCCGGGGCAGUGUCAAGCCCGGCGCCAGGCCGCGGCCAGCCAUGCCGCCCUAGUGGCGCCGUGCCACCGAUUCUCCACUAUGCCCCUUUUAGUGCGCUCUCCCAAGGCCACGAGGUGUCUGGAGCGAGUGGAUAUAGGAGAAUUCGUUCAGGUUGUUGAGACGCAGCCUCCGACGGCUGCCGCCCGUUUUGCGAACGUUUGGCCAGCCACCUUUGGCGGGGUCGGGGCCACGCCGAAAGCGAAACCACAACUACUGCUACCGGAGUCGAAGAAGCCCUGGGGCCAGCGGGUCACCUAUGGGCCAGGGGGCUUAUUGAUCAAUGAGCGCCGGGGCGGGCAAGGCGAAGGCGAAGAAAAGAUCCUGCAUUCGUGGACAACGUUAACGCAGCGAAGACCGCCCGCCGUCCUCUCAGUAUGGAGUUGGGGGAUAUUGUUCAAAGCUUGUGUUCAUUUCUCGCAUGGCCUCCUCCGAAUGCUGCAGACCUUCGCAUGCAGCUGCGACCUUAGCCUUGCAGGAACGAUAGGCGCCCCGCGAUGUGUUGCAUUCCGGUGGCUAGGUAUGUGCAUAAGCGGUGCUGCCGGCGUCGCCAACACACAAAUGGCAGCCGGCUAUUUCUUAUUGCUGCGCGCGUGCGCCCAGCAGAUUUCUGCUUUUGAUAUCACAUCCGCGGAGGCGCCGCUGCGCCAGACCUUUGCAUUCGCACCAUACAGAGGGCUGCCGGGCGGUUUUCCACUCGGUAAGGCAAGAUGA